CGUGACCUAGAUUUGGCGCAUGCGCUGAGUGGGACUGGUUGGAUUAAAAACCAUGGCGUGGGUACCGGCGGAGUUUGCAGUAGAAGAGUUGAUGCCCCGGCUGUUGCCAGUGGAGCCCUGCGACUUGACAGAGAGUUUUGAUCCCUCCGUACCCCCGAGGACGCCUCAGGAAUACCUGAGGCGGGUCCAGAUCGAAGCAGCUCGAUGUCCAGAUGUUGUGGUAGCUCAGAUUGAUCCAAAGAAGUUGAAAAGGAAGCAAAGUGUGAAUGUUUCUCUUUCAGGAUGCCAGCCUGCUCCAGAAGGAUAUUCUCCCACACUUCAGUGGCAGCAACAACAAGUGGCACAGUUUUCAUCUGUUCGACAAAGUGUGAUCAGACAUAGGAGUCACUGGAAAUCACAACAGUUAGACAGUAAUGUGACCAUGCCAAAAUCUGAAGAUGAAGAAGGCUGGAAAAAAUUUUGUCUGGGUGAAAGGUUAUGUGCUGAAGGGGCUGUUGGACCAGCUACCAGUGAAGGUCCUGGAAUUGAUUAUGUGCAAAUUGGUUUUCCUCCCUUGCUAAGUAUUGUUAGCAGAAUGAAUCAGGCAACAGUAACUAGCGUAUUAGAAUAUCUGAGUAAUUGGUUUGGAGAAAGAGACUUCACUCCAGAACUGGGAAGGUGGCUUUAUGCAUUAUUGGCUUGUCUUGAAAAACCUUUAUUACCUGAGGCUCAUUCACUGAUUCGGCAGCUAGCAAGAAGGUGCUCUGAAGUCAGGCUCUUAGUGGACAGUAAAGAUGAUGAGCGGGUUCCUGCUUUGAAUUUAUUAAUCUGUCUGGUUAGCAGAGAUCCUGAAGAGAUUGAAAAGGAAGAGCAGGCCGCUGCUGAAAAGGCUGUGACCAAGGAAGACUUUCAGGGUGAAUGGACUGCUCCAGCUCCUGACUUCACUGCAGUUCAUCCUGAAGUCACAAACUGGUCACAGUCAGUUCCCUACUAAAUGAAAACUGGAAUGCUCAGCCUGCCACUGAAGACUAGCCGGUAGCUCCCAUUGCUCAGGCCACUGAAUGCAUAGAAACACCCACGGAGCAGUCUUAAGCUGCUCCUCCACCAAGGCACACAAAAUGGAAAUAAGGUUGAUGGAAAAUAAGUAGGUGCUAAAAAAAAAAAAACCAAAAAACAAACAAAAAUACCCAAGUCCGGAUCCAGGUGAAAUGUACUCAUUGCUUUUGUUCGAUAUGUCUCUUGAGUCUCCCCAUCAGUUUCCUGGGUUUAUCUCUUUGCUAUUUAUUUGUUGGAAAAAAACCCAGCCCUUUGACUUGUAAAAUUUCCCAUGUUUUGGUUUUGACAGCUAUAUCUUAUCUUCAUGUUGGUGUUUAAUGUGUUCAUUUAUCCCCCAUGUUUUCUGUAAGCCGUUAGGUUGUUUUAAAGGCUUGAUUAUUGGGGUGCCUGGGUGCUUCAGUUGUUAAGUGUUUUCCUUCAGCUCAG